CUUACGUGAAUCCAUUAAGUACAUUAUUCUUGACCGAAUUUCAAAUAUCGUGUGCUAAUGUUCCUUCCAUUUUUGAACGAGAGAAUAAAUUGAAUAUUCGUGUUUAAAUCAGUUUAACAUCUUCUGCAAAAAUCAUCGCGUGCAAAUUUAUUUCUACAAGGUAUAAAUUUCUAAACAGAACUUUCGUUUCUUUCAUUCCGGAACAAAAAAGUUUUUUCAAACUUUCUUUGGUACUAACAAUUUUUUGGUUUAUUCAAAUUUUUGUAACUUAUUUGUAAAUAAAAUGGUCAAAUUUGCGUAUCUUUUGACACUAGUUUUCGGUCUUACUAAUGGUGAAUUAUCAGAUAUUGUCGAAACAACAAACGGACCAGUUCGAGGAGAAAUUUUAACAACUAUUACGGAUUCUGUCAGAUAUUCAUCAUUCAAAGGAAUUCCAUAUGCAGAGGCACCACUUGGAUAUAACAGAUUUAGACCUCCAAUUGAAAAGAAAUCAUGGUCGGAACUUUUAUUAACAACCGAAGAAGGAAGCAAUUGCGUUCAAGUUGAUUUUGUUUAUAGGAAUUUAACAGGCAGAGAGGAUUGUCUAUAUCUGAAUGUUUACUCACCACACAUAAAUUUAACAAAAGUAAAUAUGGAACUUAAACCAGUGAUGGUAUGGAUUUAUGGUGGAUCAUUUCGUGCAGGCUACGGGAAUAGUUCUCUCUAUGGACCAGAUUUCAUAGUUCAGGAAGGCAUCGUCCUGGUUACCUUCAAUUAUCGUCUAGGUCCAUUCGGAUUUAUGUCCUUAGGUCAUCGAAAUGCGACAGGAAAUGCGGGUCUAAAGGACCAGAAUCUUGUUCUCAAAUGGGUUAAGAAAAAUAUCAUUAAAUUCGGAGGAAAUCCGGAAAAUGUAACAAUUUUCGGACAAAGCGCCGGUGGAGUUUCUGUCGAUUUUCAUUCUCUAUCAGAAAUGUCUCGAGACUUAUUCCAUCGAUCAAUAUCAAUGAGUGCAUCAGUUUUCUGUCCAUGGGCUUUUCACUUACCGAAGGCAGCAUUAAGACAAGCUUUUAAGCUCGGAAAAUCCCUUGGCAUUGAAACGUCAAACAAAGAGGAAUUAUUGAAAUUUUUAUACAAAACAUCAGCAAGUGAUAUUAUGGAGAAAACCGAGCAUCUCAGUACAAUCUAUCCUCCAUUUAAACCAACUUUAGAGGAUCCUAAUAUUGCUCCCAAGGAGGAAUUAUUCAUGACAGAGUGCUAUUUGAAAAAAUAUGAAACAGGAAAUUUUUACCAGGUGCCUCACUUAACAGGUUUCACGUCCCAAGAGUCAGUCUACUUUGCCAGUGGUGUUGACAAAAUUAAUCAAUUAGCAAAUCAAGCAAUUGUUGAACUUCUCUCCCUCGAGUACUUAAGACGACUGCCAACAAAAGUUAAAUCAUACUUGAACAGGAAAUCAAAGAAAAUUAAUAAUUUCAGUUCUCUCAUUAUCAGCACUCUUGUAAACGAGACGUCAGAUUUAAUGUUUGUGGCUGGAAUUGACACUAAGCAAAGACUACUGACAAAGAGCCAAUUAGUGCCAGUUUAUUAUUAUCGCUUAAUUUUUGACACUGAAGAAUCUUUACAUAAAGUCUUAUAUCACGUCAACUUGAAUGGAACUGCACACGGGGAUGAUUUCGCCUACCUGUUCUACAUUUCCCUGGCCAAUCCACCUCUAGAUCCUAAUGAUCGUGUAUCGAUCACGAGAAAGCGAAUUGUUCGCAUGUGGACCAAUUUCGCCAAAUUUGGGAAUCCAACACCAUUAGGUGAAGAUGAUAAAUUAUUAAACGUCAAAUGGCUUGAUUCUGGCAGAUCGGGUCAACAUUUAGAAAUUGGCGAGGAAUUAAAAAUGAUGAAAAAUCGUCCAAUAUCACGUGGUGCUGAGAUUUAUCAAUUAAGUCAAAAUAUCGUAGCCCCCCAACAAAGUGGCUGUAAACUAAAUACUCCGAAAUUUUUAACCUCGUUUUUCUGAUAUAAAAACAAAAAAUUUCAAAAAAAAAAAAAAUUUUUAUUACCGAAAAAAAAUUAUAACUAUACAUAAGAGAUACGUUUUGAUAAAUAAAGUAUUUUUUUCUAAAUUA